AUGAGAACUCCCAUAGUCCCUCAGCCAGCUAUGCCUUGAGGAAACCCAAAUACCAAGCAUGAAGCUAGUAGAUGCUUGUUUGUUUCAACAUCUGGAAUUUAGUGUUAGACUUCUCUUGGAUGAUGGAGGUUCUAGCUCUGGUGACGGUUACCUGUUGAUGGGCCUUCCCCUGUCAAUUUCUCUUAUGCCUGUCAGGCAAUGUUUUCCAUAACUGAAGUUUCCAUAAUGAGAAAAGCUUUGCCUGUUGGAUUUCUGCUUGUUGCACACAACUAACGAAAGGAACAUUUCUGCUGAACAGGUGGAGGAAAAAAGCACUCUGUAAAGUCUUCUAGCAUUUUAUGGAAGAGGUGUUUUGUACAUCUUUGAAUCCUUUGGGUGCAGAGCAGUUAGGAAAUAUUUUAAUAGAUGUAGGUUGCAAAAAGAAGUGAUUCAAACAGAAGGGGGAGGAGAGAGUCCAUUGCUAGGCGAAGCAUAUUGGUGGGGUCAGAAUAGGAAGUGAGAUACAGAGUUCUACAACAGAGUGUGCUGACAGAAAGCCACAGAGGGCUGAAGCAAUAAGCAGCAUGGGACACGCCGUUGAAACAAGGUGGACUCUCACAGUGGCGUUUCUCCUUUGCAUUGGUUCAUGUUUUCUGCCAUCUUCCAGAGCCCAGAAUUUCAACGUCAUUGACACCAAGGCUCCUGUGAUAUUCAAAGGUGACAAAGCUAACCAUUUUGGCUAUCGUGUUGUCCCAGUGAGAUCAAGUGGUGCAUCCUGGUUGCUAGUCAGUGCUCCCUUGUCAAACAACCGUACGGGGUCACUUUUCCGCUGCUCAUAUGAUACAGAGAGGUGCCAGCAAGUAGAUCUCAACCACCCCUCUGGGAUAUCUCUGGGCCUCUCGCUGGCUACAGAUGAGGUGAACAAUUCCAGAAUAAUAGCUUGUGGUCCAACCUGGGAGCGCCGGUGUGGGGAGAUUGAUUAUUUGAAUGGCAUCUGUUAUGUCAUGGGCAACGAUGAUCAGAAUUUGAAAGAGAUUCAUCCUGCUUUUCAAGAGUGUGUCUCCGGUGUGGAUGCUGUAAUCUUAUAUGAUGACUCCGGAAGCAUCUAUGAUGCUGAUUUCAAAAUCAUGCAAAACUUUUUCCUGAAUCUAAUGAAAUCUGUGCAAAAAAAGGAUGUACAGUUUGCUGCAGUCCAGUUCUCUACUGAACCCCACACUGUUUUUGAUUUUGCUAAGUAUAACACAAGUGAAGGCCAGAUUGAGAAUGAUAUCCGUAGUUUCCAACGUAUCAAGGGAAAUACCUUCACCCCCACUGCCAUCCGCUUUGUAGUGAAUAAGGUCUUUAUCCCUCAGCGUGGCAUGAGGCCUCACAGCAAGAAAGUCCUCAUUGUUCUGACCGAUGGCCAAUCCAAUGACAAUACGAACACAUUUGCAAUAGCAAAGGAAGAUGCUGAUAAAAAAGGCAUCAUCCGCUAUGCCAUUGGGGUAGGGAAGGAGUUUCUUAGAAAUCAAGAUGAACUGCGCAACAUUGCCUCCUCAGCCAAAAAUGUUUUCUAUGUAAAGGGUUUCAACGCCCUUUCGAGUCUUCAAAAAGAGCUGCAAAAUAAGAUUUUUGGCAUUGAAGGAACCUUUGAAAAUUCAUCUAGCAGCUCAUUUCAGCAAGAAUUUUCACAAGGUGGAUUCAGCACCCUUUUCACUGCAGAACACGUAGUAUCUGGCACCGUUGGUUCUUAUGAAUGGUCUGGGGGUCUGGAGGUAGAGUUCUUGGGAAACCCUCCUCAAACCAGUUUCCUGAAUGGGUCUGAUAGUGGCUUCGAGUUCUCAUAUCUGGGUUAUUCGAUGGCUCUAGCUCAUCGUGGCCAAAGAACGUUUUAUGUAGUUGGGGCACCACGAUAUCAGCACAUCGGGAAGGUUGUCCUCUUUGAAAAACAGAGCAGGACAUUAAUGGAGAGCAUCAGAGGCAAACAGAUUGGUUCUUAUUAUGGUGCUGAGCUUUCUGCUGUGGACUUAAAUGGAAAUGGAGAUACUGACCUCAUUCUAAUCGGGGCUCCAUUUUACUACAAUGGCACACAAGGAGGCCUUGUUGAGGUCUGCAGUUUAAGCAACAUGGGUCAACUUAGUCACCUCCAGACCCUUCGCGGCAUUCCUGACAAUGGACUAGGCAAGUUUGGGGCAGCGCUCUCCUCAUUAGGGGAUGUGAAUGGGGAUGGUCUGGCUGAUGUGGUGAUAGGUGCCCCCAUGGAGGAUGAAGACCAUGGCGCCAUUUACAUCUUCCUGGGAGAAGUGGACAGACUCAGGGAUGUGCACAGCCAGCGUAUUUCUGCCUCUUCUUUCUCAACCAUGCUCCACUUUUUUGGACAGUCCAUCCAGGGAAAGUUGGAUCUAAGUGGGGAUGAACUGACUGACUUAGCUGUUGGAGCACUAGGAACUGCAGUGAUACUUCGAUCCAGACCUGUUUUCACUGUCAUCUCUUCUCUGAGUUUCUCUCCUUCCCCGAUCUCGCUGGAUCACCCUAACUGUGGAAGUGGGAAAGAUUUGGGUGUUGGCCUGCAUGGCAAUCUCAGUCUUUGCUUCACCCUGAAACCCAUCAGCACAAAAUGGAGCAGUGGUACUUUGAGGGCUACCAUCAAGUUUACUCUCCAGUCUGACGCAGCCCGGUCUGGUGGUGCCCAAUCUCUGCCAAGACUUAUGUUUGAGAACGAGAGGUCUAGCAUCUCAGAAAUCAUCCGUGUUGGAAUGAUGACAAUGUGUGUCAAAAAGACCCUCCAAGCUCUGGGCUGCCUGGAUGACACCUUCUCUCCCUUUGCUUUGCAAGCUAACUUCUCUGCUGAAGGACAACCAGAUGUCUCUGCCAGGAAUCUCCGACCGAUCCUUGACCCUGAAACUAACUUAUCUGCUGUGGUUGAGGUUCCCUUCAAGCAAGACUGUGGCCCAGAUGAUAUUUGUGUGUCAGAUCUUCGGGUCUCCUUCAACUUUUCAGGGUCCAAAGGUCUUAAACUGAGUCCAAAUUUCAUAUUGAACUUAACGGUAAAACUAGAAAAUGUGGGCGAGACAGCAUAUGAACCAGGCCUUUCCUUUUACUAUUCUCCUAUUUUAUCCUUUCGGGGGGCUUCAGUUCUUCAGUCUAACUGGCGUCUGUCCCCAGCUUGCAAAAUGCACGGAUCUCAAAGGAAUGCAUCGACUCAUCACAGCUCCUGCAGUUUCAGGCCCCCUGCCCUCAAGAGAGGCACUCAAGCAUUUCUCCAGUUUUCCUUCCGCUCUUCUAAAGGUGAAUCUUGGCAUGACAAGUUUGUCUCCAUCACCAUCCAAGCACACAGUCAGAAUGAGAAUGACACGCAGACCCUGAGUGACAAUAAGGCCACAGGCUACCUUCCUGUGCUACACCCAGUUGACGUCAUUGUGAAGGGGCUUGAGUCCACUACGUACCUCAACUUCUCUACAGAAAAUCCAGAGAAGAAAAUACUUACUCAUGCCUAUGAGGUUACAAAUAUGGGUUCAAAUUCCACCCCAGUCAAUGUGACUUUUGAACUCCCCUUAAAAAGUGAAUUGGGGUUCUUCUGGAAUGUGACCCCAACCCACAGUGAUGUGACGAACCAGUUCCCCUGCAUACCAUUAUUAACCCUCAGGAUGGGCAUCAAGGCUAAGAAUUUCAAAGAAUCAACCAGGAGAGGGUGCCUGGGAGCAGCUAUAUGCACCAAGUUUCAGUGCCUGAUUUCCAGUCUCUCUGAGAAACAGCAGGUCAAGUUUAAUUUUUCUGGGGAAUUUUAUCGACAAGAUAAUACUAGCAAGCUGGAUUCCCAGAGUUUUCAUCUUCGCAGUGAGGCAUCUGUGGUCGUCGAUGAGACCAGGUUUUUCCAGAAUCACCCAGAAUUCCAUUUUAGCCAGAUCAUUACUGAAGUGGAGCUGAUUUCACCUUUCAACCGUGUUCCCAUCAUCAUUGGCAGUACCAUUGGUGGUAUCCUGCUCUUAGCCAUUCUGGUGGCUGUCUUGUAUAAGUUUGGAUUCUUUAAACGGAAACGCAUACCCCAGGUGGAUGAAACAGCAUUGACUCCAGUUGCCCCAAGUGAAGAAGCUCCUCCACCAUCAAGUAGUUCUUAAGGGAGUGUGGAUUGACCUUGAAUUUGGCAGCAGCCUGAGAGCCAGGACUUCUGAAUUUUCUGGAAGAGGAAUGCAGAGGCAGGCCUUCUAGAUGGGAUGUGGGAGUGGGUUAAGAGAGAGAGGCUGGGAGCUAGGAAAACCCUAUACAUUUAAUAAUCAAAUAUGUUUUUGGAUUGGAAAGCCAGUCUUGACUUUUGUCCAACCAUCAAAUGAGAUGUAAUUUACACAGGCAGGAAAAAAUGUAGUAUAAUCAUGCACUCACACCCCCUUUGAAUGGAAGUAUUGGGAGUGUUUCCACAUGUCAAAAAUGUCCUGCCCAUGGGACACUAGAAUGGCAGGGAGAGGUAUUUAGCUUGGUUCCUUUUCCAUUUUCUUUUCUUUUCCAUUUACUGCAGCAAACCUCUGUAGACAGCAAAUGGAGUUCACAUGAUUAUCUGCACUCCCUUCGCUGACAAACACACGUACACCAUACACUGUAGAAAACUAGUAUCACAGAGAAGAAUUCUAGCCUUGUUCUGUGUAACCUUCCAGUUUCCUAUAUGAAAGGAGUAUACAUUCUGGAGCAACUUUUGUGUGCGCUGCAUUUGCACUCUGAAGUGGUGCAGGCCAGAUAUGUCAUAUCAGCAAGAAACCCUGGGUUUCUUAUUCGUCUGCCCUAUUUAUAUGCAAAGCAGAAUUUGGAAAAGUUACUUUUUUGAACUGUAACUCCCAGAAUCCUCCAACAUGGUAAGUAGUCAUGCUGGAGGAUCCUGGGAACUAGUUAAAAAAAUAUACCCUGCUGGUAUCUCUACUUCUAAUUGUUUCACCAUGUAGGUUGCCAUGGCAGGAUCCUCAUGUUAAGCACCAAAGGUCUCUUCUGCCCAAAUUUGGAGCCAGCUGUGCUGAUAUAAGCAACAGAAUGAUUUCUUUAUUCAAGCAAAAGCCCAUAGAAUUCUAUAUUACAUCCUACAUCCACUGUGCAAGGUUCUCCAUCAGUGUUGGAGGCAGGAUGUCAGGCGUCCUAAUGGCCUUUUAGCUGAUUGAUAAGCGAGAUGUGUGGAUGGCGAUUGGAAGACAUUGAUUUCUGGCUGGUGCAGCAGCUGUUCUAACUGAUGAGGGUUGAAUGGGGAAGAGAACAAGAGAUAAUGGAGUUUCUGGAAGCAUUUUAAUCUCUGUGUACUUAGAUGUUCUAGUGGAGCUCUUUUGAAACAGGAAGUUGAGCCAGUGCAUGUUCAGCAACAUGUUUCCAUGAAAUCAACGGGAUGUGAUUCAGUUUUCUGUUGACAUCUUGCUGUAAUUUGUAGUACCUACUCUAAAAGGCUGAAUUUCAGGCUGCGUAGUUCAUAUAAUUUCAAGGAAACUCACUUUUCCUUCCUGCUUGCCAAAUGAUUAUAUUAAGAAAUGAGUUUAAUGGGAGAUGGAGGGGUGAGUUGGAUUUCAGUUUCCAAAAGGGUAGCUGUGUUAGUCUGUGGGUGACUCACUCUGUCUCUGCCAAACCUAUUUAGACAUGCUGUUGUGAGGAUAAGAGGUGGGUGGAUCACACAGGCUGCAUUAAGCUCUUGGAAGGUAGGUCAGGAUAAAAAUAAUUACAAAUCAAUGGCUUUUUCAGCAGAGAUUUUCCACUGCUUUUAAAAUCCUUCCCAGGGGAAGGAGACUUUCUUUUCUUAAAAGUGUUUGGGAGUCCACUUGAAAAGUAUAGUUUAAUUGCCCCGUUGGUCUAGAUCAAUGCUAACAGGACUUGAAUCCCACUAGAUACACCCAGAAGGCUUAGACAAGCAAAGUAUCCAGUGUGCUGCAGGUCUAAGGGAGCGUCCUUUGGUGUCUGGUUGUACAGGUGCAUGGCAGCAUAAGCAGGGGUUUUAUAUGCCCAUAAACAACAUUUCUAAAAGACUGGAAGGAAGGAAGCCAUUGUUAUAGCGCACAAUUUUGAACCC